AACUUUCAGAGAGUUUAGAGAGAGAAAGUAGAGAGACGGGCAUGUAAGAGAAAAAUUAGAGAAAGAGAGCUUAGAGAGAGAAAGGCAUCUCAGAUGGUGUUUACUGUAUAUAUUUUCAGUACUAAUCGAUGUGGGAUGGUGUGAAUUCAGCGAAAACAACUUGAAUCAUUCUAGAAAAACCGAUUCGAAAGAUCGGUGAGAAUCUCGAGGACGCUGUUAACUUUCCUUCAUUUUCUCUUACCAAUCACCCAUUUUUAUUUCUCAGAAGCAAACGAUGUCGAGGAGGAGGCCUACAACGAGUCUGGACAGAGCAGUCGUCGACGUUUGGCAGCGGGAGGUCGGCGGGCUCCCCAACAGAAGCUUCGCGCAUCGCCUCGCCGCUUCUAAGGAUCUUGUGCUUCAAUUUGAUAUCUAUAGGAAGCUGGAAAAGCACAGAGGUUGUGUGAACACAGUAAGCUUCAAUGCAGAUGGUGACAUUCUUGUGUCAGGCUCUGAUGACAGGCGGAUUAUACUAUGGGAUUGGGAAUCUGGGCAUGUCAAACGUUCAUUUGAAUCUGGUCAUAUUAACAAUGUUUUCCAAGCAAAGUUCAUGCCUUACACAGAUGAUCGAAGCAUUGUUACUUGUGCAGCAGAUGGCCAGGUGAGGCGUGCUCAGAUUCUAGAAUGUGGGCGGGUUGAGACUACUUUACUAGCCAAACAUCAGGGACGAGCUCAUAAGUUGGCCAUUGAACCUGGGAGCCCUUACAUAUUUUACACUUGUGGUGAAGAUGGAUUGGUUCAGCAUAUUGACCUGAGAUCUAGGGCAGCUACAGAACUUUUGACAUGCCAUCAAAUUGAAGAAAGGAGGAGGGGAUUGCGGGCCGUUGUCCAACUAAAUGCGAUUGCAAUAGAUCCAAGGAAUUCAAAUCUGUUUGCUGUUGCAGGGUCAGAUGAAUAUGCUCGACUUUAUGAUAUCCGCAAAUAUAAGUGGGAUGGAUCUACUGAUUUUGAUCAACCCAUAGACUUCUUUUGCCCUUCACAUUUGAUUGGUAAUCCAUAUGUGGGAAUAACAGGCCUGUCCUUCUCAGACCAGAGAGAGCUUCUUGUGUCCUACAAUGAUGAGUUCAUCUAUCUUUUCACAAAGGAUAUCGGAUUGGGACCUGACCCUAUUCCAGCUUCUCCAGCUUCUUUGGGCAGUGGUGCAGAUCAUCCCUUGGAAGCAUCAACUAUGGAUACUGAUGAAAAUGUUUCUCCCCAAGUCUACAAGGGGCACAAAAAUUGUAAGACAGUGAAGGGUGUAGGCUUCUUUGGGCCUAAAUGUGAGUAUGUGGUGAGUGGGUCAGACUGUGGCCGCAUAUUCAUUUGGAAGAAGAGUGGGGAGCUCAUUCGUGUAAUGGAAGCUGAUCAGCAUGUGGUCAACUGUAUCGAGUCUCAUCCUCAUGCUACAGUGCUUGCCAGCAGUGGAAUUGAGAAAGACAUCAAGAUAUGGACUCCGAAGGCUACUGAGAAAGCUAUCCUGCCUAAAACAAUUGAACGGGUUAUGACACCAGCUAGAUUUCAUCGUUACUUUGCCUUUGACGAUGAUAACAAUUAUUUCUAUGGCGAUGAUGAUGAUGAUGAUGAUGAUGAUGAUGAUGAUGAUAAUGAUGAUGAUGACGACGACGAUGAUGAUGACGAUGACGAUGACGAUGCUGAAGAUGGUGAUGAUGAGGACGACGACGACGACAAUGGUGAUGAUGAUGAUGACGAUUACAAUGACAACAUUGAUGAUGAUGAUGGUGGUGGUGGUGGUGGUGGCAUUGAUGGUGUUGGUGAUGACCAUGACGAUGAUGGGGAUGAUGAUUUUGUUGGUGAUUUUUGUGAUGCUAUUGAUGAUUUGUGAUUUUUCACUUUCUGU